AUGGCGGGGUCAUCCAUCGUCGUUGAGACGGUGACGCCAGCCGCUCCCCGGGGAAUCCCCGGCGGACCAGCUUGGGCCGCCCGGCCAAUCGGCACCGUAGAGGAGGCUCAGCAUGUACGAGAAGAUGUUUGCGAAACAUUCAAGAAAGUUCGCAAAGUGCCGAGAUGGUUGCGAAUUUUGAAAACGAUUUACCACGAUUACGGGCUCAAGCACAUCUGUUUGAUAUCAAUUCUUAUUAUUUAUCAGUUUAUUGGCGCCGGUGUAUUUUAUUUUUGUGAAGCGGGUUUCGAUGAAUCAAAGGAGAAAAUAUGGAAUAUGAGAAUAGCUGAAAAUCGAACAAAAUUUGUCUUCGACAUUAUUCCAUUGAUGUUCAAUAACACAGACUAUUUGUUUUUUCUCACACAGGAACAGACUAAUGAGGUUUCCGCGAAACUUCAUGCUGAAGUUACGCGCUACGAAAAACAAUUAGGAAUCAAGUAUACGGAUCAGAAAAUCAAAUGGGAUUUUUGGAAUGCUAUGCUCUAUGCGCAAACAAUUUGCACAACAAUCGGAUACGGUCAUUUGUACCCGUCGACAAUAUCCGGACGAGUAUUUACCAUGAUUUAUGCAAUUUUUGGAAUUCCGCUGGUCCUGUCAAUAUUGGACGACCUCGGAAAGCUCCUUACAAAAUGCCUCAAAACGCCAUGGUGGCUGAUCAAAUGUGGUUGUCGACGAAUGUUUCGCUAUUGCACAAAGCAAACUAUGGCAGAAAUCAAAAAAUUAGACGCAGAGGACAAGCGAGACUUGGAAAUAUUUGAUCUACCCAUCCCCAUUGCCAUAUCUGUUGUGAUUGCUUGGAUAUUUAUUUGUUCGGCUACGUUUUGCAUAUGGGAACAUGACUGGGACUAUUUUGUUGCGUUUUACUUCUUCUUUAUCUCUCUGAGCACAAUCGGUUUGGGUGACAUUACACCGACACAGCCCAAAUAUCUGCUAAUGUUGUUUAUCUAUAUUAUCAUUGGGCUCUCUCUAGUCUCUAUGUGCAUCAACUUAAUCCAGGCAAAGUUGGAAAGAACCUAUGAUGCCGGUCGUAUGCAAGAAUUAGAAGAAUUGGAAGCAGCCUUGCUCGACCCGGGAAGGCCACAGCGACGCGGCAGCAGUUUAGGUGUGUUCCGAUCGUCAUCAUCUGUGCACUCAUUGAAUAAGGAAGCCGUGCAAGCAGCACUGGCUAAUAAGAAAAAAAUUAAUAAAACUUGCCAGACAGUGUUGUCGUUUCCUUCGCCAAGCAGUACGAAUUCUCAUAUCUGUAGGGCCGUGUCCAACUCGAGGAUGCGAUUUUUGCCUCGCACCCUGUCCAUAGAUGACGUCAUGCAGAUGGUCGAUACUGAAGAUGGUGACAUUCUAGUACUUACCGAUCUUGUUCGGGAAGAAUCGGGUAUCAGCCAGAAUUCUGGCGCAACCACUUCUUCAAGCGAUGAGAGCAAUAGCCAUGUAGUGAUUUCAAAGUCAUUUGAUGCGAACCUUUUCCAAAGAACACGGUUAGAACUGCCGGAAACACUUCAACCUGGAUAUUCCAGUCUGGGUCGACUGCGGCUUUCCCCAUCACGGCCAUCUGUUGUCGACAUAGAGGCUCUCGAAGAGCUGGAAGAUCGCAUAGCGCUGGGGCAGGCAAGCCCUAUUGAUAGUUCAGUGCGAUUCAGAUCCAGGCUGUCACUAAUCCCCGAGCAAGUUCCUUCUACCGUGGAAGAAUGUGAAGAGCCAAGUGAGAGCAGCCAUGCUCUGUCAAUGGAAGAAAAUACAGAUAGUCCACCAACAAGAAGGAGCCGAUUCCAUUCAAUGUUCAGUAACAUUCUUCGUCGAAAGUCCAAGGAUAUGUCAAGUCCAAAACCGGAGUCGGACCCAGCUUAG